CAGGCGGCCCAGGGCGCCGCCCGUUCGCAGUGCGCGCUCCACCGAGCGCUCCGGAAGGAGAAAGAGCCGGGCAGGCGGGCGGCCGAGGCCCCGCGAGGGCUCUUGGCGUAUAUUCCCUCGGGUGAUCUCCUUUUCCAGCGUCUCGUCCCUCUCUCGCCAAGCCCCGCCGCCUGUGUGUUUUCGUUUUUGGCUCGGUUUGUUCUUCGCAGUCUGAUGCACGUUUUCUUAGGGGCUUGCGGGCCCGGCUACGGGUGGGAAGAGGCCAGCGGCCGAGGCGCGCGCUCUGGCGGGCCGUAGGCCGUGCACCUGCGGCCGGCGGCCUGGCACCUGGGACCAGGCGGCUGGACGCGGGCGGACGGGCAGUUGUCACUGCACGUUCCGCACACCAACGUGGUUUUUCUCCGGAGUUCAGAGGGUGCGGAGCUGACCCAGAAGCCUCUCCUUGGCCAGUGUUUUUCUAAGGAACUCAUCUUCCACAGCUCAGCUCCACAGAACCGGCAGGGACUCUUCUAGGAGCAGAGGAAAUGGCACUCUUCAGGCAGCUGUCCCUGGCCUCAAAGGCCGCCCUGGCUGCGGUCACUGUCUUCGUGUCCAUGAUUGUCUCCCGCUCCUUUCUGGCAGAGACCCUUGAGCUGAGAGCCUGGCGUUGGCUGUUUCGCCUGCAGCUUGCCUUCUUUGUUAACUCGCUCAUGCUCAUUGGCUCUCUCUACAUCUGGCAUAGUACUGUGAGCAACCUCAGCCACUCCCAGGCCGGGCAGUCCACCUGUUUCCGGCUUUGGAAGCUGGUUGUUAUGGUAUUUCUGGGACUGGCCCAUUCCAGUUUCUUCACCAUGCUCUUUUUAGUGGCUGAGGAGCCCUAUCUCUUUUCCAUGGCAGCCUACUCCUGCCUGGGUGCUUAUGUCAUCAUGCUGUUCUUCCUUUGCAUCCUCAGCGGGAUGGAGCAGGCCUACCAACUCUUGGCCUGGCACCGCGGUAGGGUGGCAAGCGGCCUUGACAAAUCUCAGAAGCUGGUCCUCAGGCCUGCCCUGGCAGUGGUGGUGACUGCUGUGCUCAGUGUGAUGGGCUUCCUGAAUGCUGCUCAGCCCCCAGCUGUGAAAACUGUGGCAGUGCCCAUCCAUCAGCUGCCCCCAUCCAUGAACAACCUCAAGAUCGUGCUUCUCUCAGACAUCCACUUGGGGCCUAUGGUGGGCAAGACAAAGAUGCAGCUGUUCGUGAGGAUGGUGAAUGCUCUGGAACCAGACAUCACAGUGAUUGUGGGUGACCUCUCUGAUUCGGAAGCCUCUGUGCUCCAGACAGCUGUUGCUCCUUUGGGACAGCUUCACUCACGCCUUGGCACCUACUUUGUCACAGGCAAUCAUGAGUACUACACAUCAGACGUCAGCAACUGGUUUGCCCUGCUGGAGUCCCUGCACGUCCGGCCUCUUCACAAUGAGAAUGUAAAGAUCUCUGCAAUAGGGGCCCGAGAUGGUGGUAGUGCAGGGGAAGGUAAUGAUUGGAUCUGCUUGGCUGGGGUGGAUGACAUCGAAGCAGACAUUCUGCACUACUCUGAUCAUGGCAUGGACCUCAGCAAGGCCCUAGAGGACUGCAGCCCAGACCACACCACCAUCUUGCUAGCCCAUCAGCCCCUGGCCGCCAAGAGAGCUCUCCAGGAGCGGCCAGAUAUAAACUUGAUCCUUUCGGGGCACACACACGCUGGGCAGCUCUUCCCCUGGAAUGUGGCAGCUUAUCUCCUGAACCCUUUCUUUGCAGGUCUCUACCAAGUGGCUGAGACUACAUUUGUAUAUGUCAGCCCAGGUACAGCCUACUACGGGAUACCAAUGCGGCUGGGGAGCAGGGCAGAGAUCACAGAGCUCAUCCUGCAGUGCGCUCCCUGAGCCAGCGUUGCUCUGGAACCUUGCCCUGCCCUGCCCUGCCCUGCCCUGCCCUGCCCUGCCCUGCCCUGCCCUGCCCUGCCCUGCCUUCACCUUCCAGCCCUCUUCAGUGUGACUUGCCUGGUGUACCCUUCCAGCCUCUCCUCCCCACCCCUGCUGAUACCCUCUUUGUCACAAAGCCUGAUGUGAACAAGGUCACUUAUAAGGGAAUACAAAUUAUUUCCCAGCAGGUGUGGAGUGAGGCAUCCUACCAAGUGUGUGGGAGGGAGCGGAACGGAAGCAUCAGAUUGCUGCAAAGGGACCCUUUGAGUCUUCAGGGUAGGGAAAGGGCAGGUGCCUUCUUAAACCCUCAUUAGAACUUAGGUGAUCCAGAACCUUUCUGGCAAGGAGUGAUAUUUGUAGUUAAUUUGAGAGAGACGAAUGGGCCGAAAAGCCCCUUCCACUGCUGGAGGGGAGUAUUUUGUUUUCCUCCUUGCUUCUGUUGGAGUAACCUCUAUGGAGGGCAUUAACAAAACCUGCUUGAACACAGGGCCCCUCCUGUCUGGGCCUUGAGUGAUGCAGUUUAGCUGGGUUACUGGGCUGGGCGGUCUUAGCAUGAGAAGAAAUAGCACUGUGGCAAGGGGUGGUAAUAGUGAAAUUUAAAACUUUGCUUCUCUGAUUUUCUGUAACAGUCGAGUGAGAAAAUUAGGGAUGGGCUACUUCCCUGUUUAGAGAUGAGGAAAUGAAGGCAGAGAAAGGUAGGGGACUGGCAAAAGGCCAAGUAUGUUGGAGGGCGGGGCUGUAGCUCAGAUCACUUGCCUAGUGUGUGAGGCCCUGAGUUUGAUCCUCAGAGCCUUGAACAAAACAAAUUAAAAAUCCUAAAGUUAUCAUUUCUCGGUCUUUUGGUUAAGAUCAGGUGUAAAACCUCGAAAAUUGUAUUGGAGAUUUGCUGCCCGAAUCCAGGUCUUCUACCUCCCAUUGAAAGCUAUUUCCAUUCUGAUGGUCAAACAGCUUUAUUAUUUACAGAUGAGUACACUAUUCUACUGCAUUUGCCACAAAAAGUAAGAAACGAGGCCAUAGAACAGUGAUGGCCAACCUUUUAGAGUUUUCAGUGCUAGCAGCUGCUGUGGCACAUGCGCCAUAGGUUUGCCACCACUGCCCUAGAAACUGUUGUUUCUUCACAGUGUCAGCUUGCAGCUGACUUCAGCUUAUGUACAGCUAUGUGUGGCAGAGCCUGGAUUCAGUGUAGGCUGUCUGCUACAUUUGCAGAUGAAUCAGAAAAUGGGAGCCCCAACUCCUCACCCCAGGUUUGGGUCUGGCUUUUUGUGAGAUACAGAGGUUCACUGUCUUCCACUGGGGAAAUUAAGGCCCUUGCAGGCUUCCCUGUGGAAGUAGGGCUAAGGAAACAGGGACCUGUCCUGGGCACAGUCCAAGCCACCUGCUUAACCCAUAAAAGCUGCCCUUGGAAUGGUAGCUCCAGAACAGUCGGACCAUUUUUACUGGUCUCUAGACACAUGGAAAAACUUGUAGGAGUUCCCCUGCAGUGUGACUCCAAACCUGGCAGCCUAGCUCUUGAGAGAUGCGUGAGAGACCAACUUUGGGCUGGCAGUAAGCACGUUUAGGAAAAGGCCUCACUGAGAAGACAGGGCCUGGGCUUAGCAUUGACUUGGUGAUUUUUAGGCAUUCAAUUGCAUCCUUUUGAUGGGAGCACAGAUGCCCCCUCUGCUCUCAGGUGUGUGACCUGACCCCACUGAUAGCUUGGCUUCCUUCCAUCAACCCUGAAAUGGGAUUAAUGAUUGUAACUACCUCAAGAGUGCUUUCUUGGGAGGAUAGUAAGACUGAGGUGUGAAUUUCAGGUGAAGUAGUGUACACAGUCAGCACUUAGCGUAGUGUUAGGUUAAUUUUUCACUACCACAUAGAGUGUGCUAAGUAACAGGGCACAGGGACCCAAGAAUUUUUGGAACAGCCAGUGUUGGGGAAUUGAGCAGGUAGUGAGUUGCUUGCUGCCAGGUUCAAGGAAUUGUCCUGGCAGCAGCGCCGGGAGGUUGCCUCGCUGUCUGUGUUAAGAUGUUAUGUACUCGCUGCUUGGCAGAUGCAGUUUAUUCAUUUUCUCCUUGUCCUCCUGGUGUUUGUUGGAGGUUUGGGGGAUCCAGGACAGUAGGCCAUCCAGUCAAGUCUAAGAAAUGUCUGAGUUGAAGCCUCAAUGGCAUCCUCAUUUUUUCUCCCUAUUUAGAAUUUGAAAGCAGUGGAAACGGGCUUUUUAAAAACACAUUUUUAUGCCAGGCAUGAUGGUCCACACAUGUAAUCUUAGCACUUAAGAGGCAGGACAAAAGGAUUACCAUGCAUUUGAGGCUAAGCUGGGCUACAGAACAAGACCCUGAUUCAAAAACAAAACAAGUUCCAGGUCUGCUUGGGCUACAUCGCAAGACCUUGUCUUAGAAAAACAAGCAAAACACAUUUUGCAGGUUCUUAGAGGGAUUGCAGCUCAGUGCCCAAUUUGCUGGCUCCCUGCUCCAGGGCGCUGUUGCCUGCCUGGCCACCCCUCCAUCCUUAGGACAGCCACUCCUUCAGAUGCUUUCUAGUCACCCUGCUAUGUUUUUGGUCAUCAUUUUUAUUGUUUUCAAUUCUUUCUUGUUUUGGAUUUCACCACAUUAAGCUAGUUGUUGGCCAUUUCAUUCCUAGCUUUUGCUGUAACGUUUGACUUAACUGCUACACCCAUUAUUUUACUGCUUCUUGAUUUCUGAAUCUUUCUUAUCAGUGUCCAGGGCUUGAUGUAAUUAGUUUUCAUUAGGCUUUUCUUGGACUUGUAUACUUUUUUUGGCACAGCAGGUUGAACUUUGCACUUGCCAGAUAGGCACUUAUGCCACUGACCUAUCUCCCCAGCCCUUGUUUUUUUCUUUUGGAUGCCAUCUUUUGUGCUCUAUGUACCCUUUGUUCUCUCUGGAAUCUGCUUGACCCCUGGCUUUUGCAUUAACCGAAAAGAAAUGGGCCCAUUCCAUGUAAUUGAGAGACAUCCGCACUCUCAUGCUUGAUUUGUAUUCCCUGUCUGGACAGGUAUUCUCCUCGCAGAAAAUUCUCCAUUCCUUUCCAGAUUUGCCUCUCUUGUGGCAUUCUUUGUCCUCUCUCUUCAAUGUUCUUUCUUAUUUUCUUCAUCUGUGCUGAGGAUUGAAUUCAGGGCCUUUACCCAGAGUCUCAUCCCCAGCCAUUUCACAUUUUUAAAUGUUGAGUCUUGCUAAGUUGCCUCAGCUGGACUCAGACCUUCCCACCUCCAGGCUGAGCCUCCCAAAUCUGAAGUGUAGGCAUGUGCCAUUGCACCCAGUUUGUUAGUGUUCUUAAUGUAUUCAUUACACUGCCAUUAUCACACCCUUUUGUUUUGUUCAUGCUUGUGGG